AUGCAAAGCGAUAAUAAAAUUGAAGAUGAUAAGAAAAAAGAAAGUGGUCAUGAAGAGAACAAAAAUGUUGACAAAGAAUAUAUAAGUGAUAACCAAACGAAUUUUAAUAAUGACCAAGAAGGUGUAGAUCAUAACAACCUUCUGUGUAAACAACAAUCUGAUAAUUCCAAAGAACAUUUGGAUUUUAACAAAUAUGAUAAUUUAUCAAAGGAUAUUCAAGAAUAUUAUGUUGGGGUUCCAUACAGCUGGGAAUAUGUAGAGGAUAGUAAGAGCUGGUUUAUUGUUGAGACAAGCAAAAAUUAUAAAUUUUUUUAUAAUAAGAAAAGUAAUGAGAAAACAUGGAUAUGUCCUGAAGAAGUUCAAAAAUUAUUAGACAAACAAAACAAAGAAGAAUCAAAUGAUAUAAAAAGCGAAGAAGAGAAUGAUUAUAAUUGUGAUAAUAAAAAAGAAGAUAUGGAUGAUAUUUUAAAAGCAUAUAAAGAGCUUUUAAUAGAAAAAGAGAUUAAUGAAUUUUCUAAAUAUGAAAAUGUUCUAGCUACUAUUUUAUAUGAUAGUAGAUAUUUAAAUGUACCAAAAGAAAUGAGAAAAGAAUAUUUUAAUAAAUUAAUUAAAGAAAUAAAUGAAAAUAAAAAAGAUGAAUUGAAAAUAUUAAUCGAAAAUUUUCAAAGCUUAUUAAAGAAAAAAGAAGAACAUUUUUAUUAUCCAUUUAAUGAACAUGAUGCUAUAAAGGUUUUACAAAACCAUAAAGCAUAUGAUGGUAAUAAAACAAAUAACUGGGUAAACACACGAAAUAAAUUAUUAAAAAAUUUCUUAGAAAAAAAAAACAAAGAGACAGAAAAAAAAGUUGAAGAUAAAUAUGAAGAUGCUCUAAUUAAUUAUUUGGAAAAUGAAAAUCCAAAAGAAUGGAUAAAAAUUAAAAAUCAUCUAAUGAAAAAAGAAAAAUAUGACAUUUUAUCUUAUAAAAGAAAAAAUCAAAUAUUUGAACAAGUAAGUGAAAAUCUGUUAAGGGAAAUCAAACAAAAAAAAAGGAAAUAUAAAAGUGGAAGAGAGCAAAAAGAUUAUGAAGGUUAUGAAAAUGAUAAAGGUGAAUAUCAUUAUGAUAACCGUAGGAAAUAUUCAAAAAAAGAAUUUGAGGAUUAUCAAAAAGAAAAAACAAGUGAAAAAAAUUUGUUUAUAACUAUAUUACAUGAAAAAUUAAAAUGUCCUAAAGUAGAUGAAGAACUUUUGAAAACAGGAUAUAAUUCUAUAGAUAAUAAAAAUACCUUUGAAGAUAUUUGUUUGUUACCACGUGAUAUUUUAAACGAUGAAAGAUAUAAAAAUAUCACUUUAAAUGAUAAUGAAAAAUUUGUAUUAUACAAAGAAUUUAUUAAUAAUUAUAUAGAUUCAAAAAAAAUAAGCUUUCAUAAAUUAUUAUCAGAGUUGUCUAUUAAUUGUAUUAACAACACACUUGAUGAAAUAAUUCUUAUGAUAGAUAAAAAUAACAAAAUGUUUAAAGAUAUUAAUAAAUGUCAUCUAGAAGAAAAUUAUAAUAAAUGGAGAGAAUAUAAAAUAAAGGAAGCAAAGAAUAUAUUUCGAAAUUUUCUGAUGAAAUUUAAUUAUAUAAAAUAUGAUUCUGAUGAAUACAAUAAUUAUAAACAAUUAAUUGAUCGUUUAUCCCAGGACGUGAGCUAUCAAAGGUUAAAUUGUGUUCCUAAAGAAAGAGAGCAAAUCAUAUUAUCCAGGAUAGAAGAGCUUAAAGAAGAACAUGAGAAAAAUAAGAAUUUGGCCGAACGUUUGAAUUUUUAG